UUGGCUGAGCUGGGCAUAAGCCCCGCCCACUCGGUGGGGCAGGAAGACAAGAUGGCGGCGGCGGCGGCGGCGAUGGCGGCGGAUGAAGCAGAGCGAUCCCGGGGCCGCCGUGCCGCUCUGUCCUUCGCCGCCAUCGCCGUGCUGCUGGGGCUGCCGCUGUGGUGGAAGACAACGGAGACGUACCGGGCUGCGCUGCCCUAUGGGGACAUCAAGGCGCUGGGCCGGCUGCCGUUCCAGGUUGCCGCCAGCAUCUCGGUGGUGUUCCUGCCGGGAUCCGUGCCCGUUGAUCUGCCCCGGCCGCUGCCGUAUGGGGACGUGUGGGAGGAGCGGGUGGACGGCAGCUCACGAUCCGAUGUCACGUCCCGCACCGAGGUGACCUAUCGCAGCACCACGGCGAGGGAGAACGCGGCGCUGGGAGCGGCCACAGCACGAGAGGCUGACGCUGCUCUGCACGCACUGCAGGACUCUCCACCAGGCUCCCUGACUGUGUAUGUGGUUCCUGAAGCCUCGUCUCUCCUGCCUCAGGGUAUCAAUGUCUACGUGGGGAAGCACCGCAGCGCCCUGCUGAGGGCUGGGCAGGGCCUGGCCACGCUCCAUGCCCGCCUCCAGCAGCUCAUGCAGGUGAUGUCUUUCACGGCCAGCUCCAUCUCUGCUGCCCUCUCAGACCGUGUUCCUGAUGGUCAGCUCGGCCCCGACGCCUGGAGGCACUUAAAAUCCAGCCUGGGGUAUGAAAUCACCUUCAGCCUGCUCAACCCUGACCCCAAGUCGCAUGAUGUGGACUGGGACAUCGAGGGUGCUGUGAAUCACUACGUGCAGCCCGUCCUGGACAAACUGAACAUUGUGGCCAACUUCUCUGUCGACUCCCAGAUCUUGUACUAUGCUGUUCUUGGAGUAACUCCACGCUUUGACAAGGAAUCCUCCAGCUUCAUCCUGAGUGCACACAGCCUCCCACAUGUCAUCAACCCUGUGGAGGCCCGGCUGGGUUCCAGUGCUGCCUCGCUCUACCCUGUGCUGAACUUCUUGCUGUAUGUGCCCGAGCGCUCCCACUCCCCACUCUACAUCCAGGAUAAGGAUGGAGCCCCAGUGGCUACCAAUGCCUUCCACAGCCCCCGCUGGGGUGGCAUCAUGAUUUACAACGUUGAAGUCCCUGCUUCCCCCCAAACCUCCCUCCCACUGCACGUGGAUGUGGACAUGGUGAGAGUGAUGGAGGUUUUCCUGGCCCAGCUCCGGUUAUUAUUUGGGAUCUCUCGGGAGGAGCUGCCCCCUGAAUUCCUGGUGGAGAGCCCAGGGAAUGAAGGAGUGGCCGAUUGGGAGCUGGACCGCCUGCUUUGGGCCCAUACAUUGGAGAAUAUUGCCACUGUGUCCACCACCUUGACCUCACUGGCGCAGCUGCUGGACCAGAUCAGUAACAUCGUCAUCAAAGACGACGUCGCCUCCGAGGUAUACCGAGCGGUGGCUGCAGUGCAGGAUGCCGUGGCAGAGCUGGCUGAAGGCCGCCUGCAUUCAGCUUUCCAGGCCAGCAAGGAAGCUGUCACCUGCUCGGAGCGGGCGUUCUUUGACCCUUCUCUUCUCCAUCUUCUUUACUUCCCGGAUGAUCAGAAAUUUGCCAUCUAUAUCCCUCUUUUCCUGCCCAUGGCUGUCCCAAUCCUCCUCUCCCUGGGUAAGAUGCUCCGAGAAGCCAGGCAGAGCAAGAAGGAGCCCACCAAGAUGGACUGAGCCCAUAUACGGUGCCUUGCCUUGGGGCUGGGACCUCAUAGAGUGCAUUGCAUCACGGUGCAGGCAGGUGCUCACAGAGUCUUGCACCCUCCACUCAGAACUGCUGCUUUACCCCCCUCUUUAUUGAGACUUGAGGGGAGGGAGGGUGACCUGCAUGCACCCCACAGCCCCGUGCUGUGUUCAUGUGUAAAUAAAGAGCUGCCCUGCCCAAUC